CGCGAUGCUGCGCGAGCGCACGCUGCGCCUGCAGGCGGGCGCCCGCAUCGAGGCGCUCUGCGUGCUGGGCACCCGCAUCGCCGCCGAUGUCUACGGAGCGGCGCCCGCCGGCGCGGCCUCCUUCAGCCUCAAGCACACGGAGGCCGUGAGCGUGGAGGUGGAGGCCGCGGGGCAAGCGGAGGCGGCGCCGGCGGACGGCGGGCGCCGCUGGCCCCUCGGCAAGGGCACGGUGCUGAGGCUCGGCAUGCGGCAGGCCAGCGCCGAGGCCGGCGACAACAAGGUCACCGUGARCUACUACGGAGAGGGAGGACAAGCCAUGGACCAAGCCGGGGUCUUCCUCACGGGCAUCGGGCUCUCGCUGGACGUCGACGCGGAUCGGGACGGCGUGGUGGAGAAGAACAACCCCAAGAAGGGCUCGUGGACGUGGGGGCCCGAGGGCCAGGGCGCCAUCCUGCUGGUGAACUGCGACCGGGAGAGCCCGGCGCUGCCCGCGCCCGACUGCCACGACGAGCGCCUCCUGGACAGGGAAGAUCUGCUGGACAUGUCUCGCAUGGUGCUGAGGACCGAGGGCCCGCCGGAGCUGCCCCGCGGCUACCAGCUCGUCCUGCACGUGGCCGCCUCGGACGCUGACAAAGUCGGCGUCUUCUACGUGCAGAACCCCUCCUUGGGGCAGCGCUACGUGCACGUGCUGGGCCGGCGCAAGCUCUUCCACGCCGUGCGCUACCCGGGCGGCGGCGCCGAGCUGGACUUCUUCGUGGAGGGGCUGCGCUUCCCCGACGCCGCCUUCUCCGGCCUCGUCUCCAUCCACGUGAGCCUCCUGGAGACCCUGGCCGAGGGCCUCCCCGCGGCGCCUGUCUUCACCGACACCGUGGCCUUCCGCGUGGCGCCCUGGAUCAUGACACCCAACACGCUGCCGCCCGUGACGGUGUUUGUGUGCAGCGUGAAGGACAACUACCUCUUCCUGAAGGAGAUGCGRAAGCUGGUGGACAAGGCGGGCUGCGAGCUCAAGGUCUGCUACGGCUACAUGAACCGCGGCGACCGCUGGAUGCAGGAUGAGGUCGAGUUUGGCUACAUCCACGCUCCCCACAAGAGCUUCCCGGUGGUGCUGGACUCCCCCCGCGAUGGAGGGCUCAAGGAUUUCCCCAUCAAGGAGCUGCUGGGUCCGGACUUUGGCUACGUGACCAGGGAGCCUCAGUUGGAGGCAGUCAGCAGCCUCGACUCCUUCGGCAACCUGGAGGUCAGCCCGCCGGUGACCGUGGGCGGGAAGGAGUAUCCGCUGGGCAGGAUCCUCAUCGGAAGCAGCUUUCCCACAGCUGCGGGGCGGCGAAUGACCAGAGUGGUGCGGGAGUUCCUCUACGCGCAGCAAGUGCAGGCGCCCGUGGAGCUCUACUCCGACUGGYUGAGCGUGGGCCACGUGGACGAGUUUGUCACCUUCGUGCCCAGCGCUGACACGCAGGGAUUCCGGAUGCUCCUGGCCAGCCCCGCCGCCUGCUACCAGCUCUUCCGGGAGAAGCAGAAGGAGGGCUGGGGCGAAGCCACCAUGUUCAAGGGCUACUCCGGGACGGACACCAAACGCGUCACCAUUAACAAGGUCCUUUCCAACGAGGUCAUGGCGCGGCACAACCAGUACGCGCAGCGCUGCAUUGACUGGAACAGGGACAUCCUCAAGAAGGAGCUGGGCUUGACGGAGAGCGACAUCCUGGACGUGCCGGCGCUCUUCCGCAUGGACUCGGAGGGCAAGGCCGUCGCCUUCUUCCCGAACAUGGUCAACAUGCUGGUGCUCUCGGCGCACGUGGGCAUCCCCAAGCCGUUCGGGCCCGUGCUGGAGGGCGAGUGCUGCCUGGAGCGGCACGUGCGCGCGCUGCUCGAGCCGCUGGGCCUGGCCUGCAGCUUCCUCGACGACGUCUCCUCCUACCACCGGCUGCUGGGCGAGGUGCACUGCGGCACCAACGUGCGCCGCCGGCCCUUCCGCGCGCCGUGGUGGCGCGGGCAGCCCUAG